CCCGAAUCCAACUGGAACUGGACCACCACGCUGCACAAACGCGAUUCCAGCCUCUUCCACCCCACAUCCACGCGCAUCCGAGAAAAUUUCAUCUCUCUAUCCGUAUUCAGCAAGGAAAUUUUCAUUACUCCGUGAAUAAAAUACAUUCCGGGAUCACGAGCCAGGGCCCGUACGUCGCCUCGCCUCGACUCGAUCAUUCGACGCUCGACUCGCCUGCCGCAGCUGGUGUGAAAUCGAUUAGAGAGAGCUCUCUUGUCGAUUCGACGCCCCCUUCUCCUUCCGGUCUCCAGUUCCUUUUAGGUGAGCCAAGCUAGUCACUUUAUUCGUUGCGGAGGAUCGUGGCCGGGGUCUCUGUUUAUCAAAGUCUCUCCUGUCCAAGACUCCUCUGUCAUCGCCUUCCCAAAGGGCAAGUGCAGCCAAGGCAUAUAUCACCAGUGGUUCUCUGCCCUCUCGGUCAGCCCACCCCGUCGGCGGACGUGCCGUGCCGCCCCGCCCCGUCACCCUGCGUGCCACUAUUCCCACCUGCUGCUGGCUUUCUGCUCUAUACCUUACACUCCACAUAUCCUCUAUUCUGCUCUGCCCCGAUCCCUCUUACCUCGCAUAGUCCCCAUCUUAAUCUCGAUGACUCUGGUUCACGAGACCUUUGUUGCUUCCUCUACCUCACUCGACCUAUCAUCGUCCUCGUCCUCGUCCUCGUCCUCGUCCUGUCUCUAGCAAGAACCCUGCUUUCGGCUCCAUAUAUCCUGCUCCUGAUCCGUCUCUGUGGUUCUUGCUGGGCGUGCGCCGUUUCGUCUGCCUGCUAGAAUAGAUCCCAGCCGCUUGUUUACUCAACGAAGGGUACAUAUCUAUACUGGGACCGUCGUUAACACGCAAAAUGCCUAGAGACGAUCUGUCCAUCGACUUCGUCAGGAGGAUGCCGACGGCCGAGGCUCUCGACCCGGCCAUCAUCCUCGACGACUGGCUCAACCGCGUUCAGAACCUUCCAGAAGAAAUUCGCUUCUUGCAGGAUGAGAUUGCCGACAGGGACCGGCAGUAUGGCGACUGCGUCAAGCUGAUUGAGGACCGCGAUGGAAAGAUACAGAAAUGGAUCAGGGCGAACGGCAGUCACGAGACGAACCCGCGCGAGCAGGGCAUGCGAUCUCAGAUGCGCGACAACUUCAUCCGUGCCGACCAGCUCGCCACGGAGAAGAUCGCCCUGACCCAGAAGCUGCAGAUCAUCAUGGACAAGCACCUGCGAAACCUCGAUCAACACAUCAAGAUGCUAUACGACCGCGCCGAGCCCGGCUUCAACGAACCCGACGAAUGCCCCUCCCUCAUCCGGCCCAGCGCCGCGAACCACUCUGCCCCGUCAGGCCGAUCCAUCAACCCCGCGAGCCACCUCGUCGCCUCCGCCAUCACCGCGACGCCGUUGAAUCCGAUCGUCAACUCGUCGAGUCCGGUCACGGCUCGCGCAGGAAACCCCCAGAUCCGCAACGCCCAGUCCCAGCAGCACGCUUCCUCGGCCCCCGCGACGCCUGCUGCUAGCAUGAUAAUGAACCGCCAGGCUCGGGAGAGUUCGGCAGGGCCGGGGAGCGGCGCGCCAAAGAGAGGACCGCGUUCCGUCUCCGGACUGGGUGUCCUUCCUGCGACGUCGAGCAAUCUGGCUAGGCACUCGUCACUGGGACCAGGAACACCGAAGGGAUCUACCCCUGGACCGAACGGCACGGUGCGAGCGGGCAGCGCAGGGCCCAGAUCGUCGUCCACAAAGGCAUCGAGCGUCUCGGGCAUACGGAAAGGGACGCCGAGCGGCGCAGGCCGGAAGAAGCCGAUCAGCAGCAACAAGUCGUCCCUGUCCCGCGUGAAAAAGGCCGGAAGCCGCAACUCUCCAGCUUCGACGGCAGAUAGUGAGCUAUCGGAUGCCGAGAGUGGAAGCGGCGACGACGGCGACCACAGGAGCCGCGUAGACCGUACGAGUGGCACCCCCGCGCGCGACGGCAAGGACGGCGACGGCGACGACAGCAUGCUCGACGCCGAGGAUGACGAGGCUGGCGACGACAAGAAAUACUGCACGUGCCAGAAUGUCAGCUUCGGCGACAUGGUGGCGUGCGACAAUGAGGAUUGCCCCUACGAGUGGUUCCACUGGUCGUGCGUCGGCCUCAAGAGCGAGCCGAACGGGACGUGGUACUGCCCCGUGUGUACGGAGAACAUGGAGAAGCAGAAGAAGAAAUAAGGCAUCGUACCUUACUGGGAAGAUAACGGGACAGCGGUGUGAUUCGAGCGUUUAUACCCCUUUUUGGAGGUUCAGGUGGGCGGCGUUUGGUAGCUUGAUUAUCAGGGUGAGGGUCCUCGUGAACGAGAGAUCCAAUCACCAAGGAAGGACCAGGCGUUUUUUCGGGCGAGAUCAAUGUCACAGCUGGCGUCACACACGCAUGGAAACCGAAUAGACACAAUCUUCCUUCUUGACAUCUGUCGUAUACUCUGACUCCCUG